AUGGAUAAUCAGUAUCAAACAUUAAAUGAUGAUGAUCAAGAGUUUUUCCAACAUCACGAAAAAGGAAUCGAUAAAAGUGUACGUGAAGCAUUUCCAUCGAUUCCUGCUGAUUUCAAAUUAAAACCAGUAACUAUUCGCAAAAUCGUAGGGUGCGGAAUGUUUUAUGAUAUUAAGGUUGCUUUACCUGAUAAUCAAUAUGCUAAAGUUUCGUUCCAUACAGGUGGUUUACAACCGCCACGAAUUGCCGGAGUAGAACCUCCAAAACAAGAACAACACUAUAAUGUUGAUCCAACUGCGAGUUCGUCAAAAGAUGAAUAA